GGAGCACAGCAGAGCGCGCCCGAGAGAGUUUACAUGUUGUACAGGGGACGACGACGUUUGUAAGGCUGCGGCGGUUGGUUGAUACAUAUUUUUUCGUUCUUUCUUUCUCAUCGAUUGAUACGCCCGAAUCGGCGGAUCUCUCGGGGACUUCACAACACGCACGAAAUAAGAAAAAAGAGGAGUUUUUUUCGUUGGGUGUGUGUGUGUGUGUGCUUCAGCAGCGCCCGCAGAAAAGUGUCCCAAAACUUUCUCUCCGUUUCAAUACAUAUAUCCAUACUGCGUGUGUGUGUAUAAGCGCGCGGGACAGACAAUUGCAAGGCUCGCUCUCUUACAUCAGUAUAGGAUAAAAUUCGCGUGUGGUGCGUGAUUGUGCAGUGUUGCUUUCGUACAACAUUGGUUUCGUUUCUUCGUUGACCCCUGUGUCACCACUCGGCAUUCACCAUUGAUACCCAAGGCGAAACACUGCAGCAGCAGCAGGGCCCGAGCUCGUCGACAUCGACGUCGUCGUCUCGACGUCGUAGACGCAGGUCCACACCCGCUGCCAGCGAGAUGGCCGUCGACGAUCCCACGGCCACGGUGAUCGACCUGUCCAGCACGGCCGAUACCACCAGCACCAUCGGCGCUGGUGGUAUCAAGAGCAACCCGUCGCCUACGAUGGCCGGGUCGACGACAUCGCUGCCAGCCCAGGUCGAUCAAGCUGCUGCCUCCGCGCCCGCUGCCGCCACAUCCGCCGCCGCCGACUUGGACAACACGUGCAAACCCACCGAGCCCAAGAUGCUCAAACCAGAACAUCCGUUGCAAAACUCAGAAUAUACAUUCGAACCAAUCGAUUCACAUGCUUAUAAAUUCAGGUUAGCUGAAAUCAAAAAAGAAGAAGCUAACAGGCUCUACAGUGCUAAACAAUAUAAGCAAGCUCUGGUUGUCUACAAUGAGGUUAUUGAUAUGUGUCCUGAUGUUGCCAGAUAUUACAGUAAUAGAUGCGCUUGCUUUAUGAUGAUGUCACAAUACCGCGAUGCUCUGAAAGAUGCUAAAAGAUGUCUUGAGCUAGAUCCAAAUUUUGCAAAAGCCUACAAUCGCCUGAUAAAAUGUUCACUACUUACAGGAGAUGCUACAGAAGCUGAAGCUGCAAUAGCAAAGUUAGAAAAAAUUCAACCCAACAGCAGCAGCUCUAUAGCUGAAGAAUUGCAAAAUCUGGCCAAACUGAAAAGAUAUUUGACUGAAGCUGACACUGCCUAUACUUCCAAAGAUUAUCGCAAAGUUGUGUAUUGCAUGGAUCGAUGUGCAGAAGUAAGUCCAUUUUGCUCCACAUUCAAAGUUAAAAAAGCUGAAAGUUUAAUGUACUUGGAAAGAUAUUCUGAAGCUGAAAUGGCUGCAAAUGAUGUGCUUCAUACAGAUAAACAAAAUGUUGAUGCGAUAUAUAUCAGAGGUACUUGUUUAUACUAUCAAGAUAACAUAGAUAGUGCCUUAAAACAUUUCCAACAAGUCUUUCGUCUGGCUCCUGAUCACAAAAAAGCUUUGGAAACUUAUAAAAAACUCAAAACGAUAAAAAAAUUGAAAAACGAUGGAAAUUAUGUCUUCAGAAGCGAGGGAUACCUAGACGCCUACAAAAUUUAUGAGCAAGCAUUAUUGGUUGAUCCAGCCAAUAAGAAAGUUAAUGCAAAACUGUAUUUUAAUAAGGCAACAGCAGCAGCUAAGAUGCAAGAUUACAGAGAUGCGAUUGUUCAGUGCACUGAAGCAUUAAAAUUAGACGAUAAAUAUUUGAAAGCACUUCUUAGAAGAGCGUUUUCUUACAUGAUUCUUCAAGAAUAUGAAGAAGCUGUUAGGGAUUAUGAAAGAGCACUAAAGUUAGACAAAAGCAGAGAAAACAAACGUUUACUGAUGGACGCACAGAAAGCACUGAAAAAAUCGAAAAGAAAAGACUACUACAAAAUUCUAGGAAUUGAAAAAAAUGCCAGCACAGAAGACAUUAAAAAAGCUUACAGAAAAAGGGCCAUGGUUCAUCAUCCAGAUCGUCAUUCCAAUGCUAGCGAUGCUGAGAAAAAAGAACAAGAGAAAAAGUUCAAGGAAGUGGGCGAAGCUUAUGGAAUUUUAUCGGACCCUAAGAAACGUUCCAGAUACGAUAAUGGUCAUGAUUUAGAAGAUAAUGAUUUCAAUUUCCAAGAUAUGGAUAUGGAAUCUAGAUUUCAAUCGUUCUUCGAAAACCCAUUCGCCAAUGACUGUGGAAGAGGUGGUUUUCGGUUCGAAUACCUCUAAAAAUUUUUUAAACUUUGUAGAUUUUACUAAUGCAAAACCUUGACAUGUAUAUUAGCUAUAUAUCAAUAACUAUAAAACCUUAGGUAAUAUUACUUUGUUGCAAAUCUUGCAUUGUUCAAUCUUUAAAAGAUAUGAAGUUUCAAAAACCAUUUUUGUAAAUUUAAGUUUUUAUGAGAUAUUAUAGAGGUAUCUUGAACAGCUAAAAAUGAAUGGGUUAAUUUUGCAAGUACUGAAUUAUGAAUAAAUUAAUGCCAGUCUAGAAAAUUUGUAAACUUAAUUUAAUGCGAAAAUGGUCUCAUUCUUGUAUACAACUUGAACUUUUCGCCGAGAAAUAAACAUGUAAAGUUGAAAUUAAGUUGAUUCAAUCAAUUAUAUGUAUUCAGAUUGAAUUCAA